AUGAUUGCAUUAAACAUCCUCAUGUUUCUGACCGCCCUUGAUACGACAAUUGUUGCAUCCACAUACAUAACCAUUGCCAGCGAGUUCCAGUCUAUGGACCAUGCGCAGUGGAUAAUCAACAGUUACCUGAUCACCACAACCGCCACCCAGCCACUGUACGGCAAAAUCAGCGACAUCACUGGCCGUGUCCAGACCAUCGUGGCUGCCGUCGUGCUGUUUCUGGGCGGGUCAAUCAUGUGCGCCAUGUCCACAUCUCUUGGGAUGCUCAUCGCCAGCCGUUGUGUCCAAGGGCUGGGUGGAGGUGGCCUCAUGACACUGGUAUCCGUGGUUUUAGGCGAUAUUCUUAGCGAGCGCGAGCGCGGGAAGUGGGUCGGUCUGUUUGCUGCUACAUGGGGUGUGACCUCGGCUAUUGCUCCGGUAAUUGGCGGCGCCAUCGUCAGGAACACAACUUGGCGCAUCAUAUUCUGGAUAAACGUCCCCAUCUGUGCCAUUGCCACCGCAAUCAUCCUCCUCCUUUUGCGGCUCCCAAAGCCCAAAGGCUCGCUAAAAGACAAGCUCUUGCGCGUCGAUUUUCUAGGCUCCGUCAUAUCGAUGUUAGGAAUUGUCCUAUUUCUCCUGGCGCUGACAUGGGGAGGAACUGAGUAUUCAUGGGGUUCGCUACUAGUUGUAAGCUGCCUCGUAUCCGGCAUUGGCAUGCUUGGUGCAUUUGUAAUGGUUGAAUGGCGCAUCCCGCGCGAACCACUGAUGCCCCUGCGGCUGCUCAAGAGCCGCAAUAUUGCAUUGAGCUCGUUUUCGUUCUUGUUCUUUGGCGCUGCAGUAUAUGGUCCGAUUAUGUUCAUUCCACAAUGGGCGAUUAUAGUCAAGAACGCCAGCAACAUCGAAUCAGGGCUGUAUCUAUUACCGAUGAUGGUCGCUCUCAUCAUCUCUGCUACUGCCAGUGGCUUGGUUAUGUCAUCGACUGGCAGGUACCGUGAAAUAAUUUGGCUGUCGGGCGUGCUCCUGGUCAUCGGAAAUAGCUUGCUGGUGAUGCUGGACCAGAAUGCAUCGCUGGCUAAAAUCAUCGGUCCGCUAUUCGUCACCGGUCUUGGGUUUGGCUGUGCGAACCAGUCUUUGUCGAUUGUCGAGCAGGCUAAUGCAGCAGUCAAAGAUAUGGCCACGGCAACAACGCUGGGUCUAUUUCUGCGUUCGGUUGGUGCCAUCAUUGUAGUGGCGGUGCUGAGCUCGGUUAUGCAAAACUCACUCGCCCCACUCCUCCAGGAGAUCAUGGCUCGGUUCCCAGAGUUUAUUGAUGAACUAUCAGCGGUAGCCAAAGACCAGAGCCAGCUACAUUCGCCGAGUAUCCCCGAAGAGGUGCGCGGGCUCGUCAUUGGCGCGUAUAUGAAGGCAAUGCGUUCAUCAUUCAUUGCACUGAUUCCAUUCACUGCUGUCUACCUGCUACUUACGCUGGGUAUCCAGCACAAGGCUCUUGAAAAGUUUCAAAAGCAUAGCGACGAGAUUGAGAUGAAAUAG